AUGGCAGAUGACAACAAUCGAGAGUUAAACAGUCUGCGUCGAACUGUUGUGAGACUUGCCAAUGAGUUAGAUUACAAGAACCAUCUAUUGAUGGAGAAGGAAGGUCUAAGCCUUGAAAGAUUUGCUACAAUGAGCUCUUUAAUUGAAGAGAAGGAUAGGCUUCUUGGUGAGAGAUCUGCUGUAAUCGGCUCAUUGAUGGCACAAAAACAUAGGCUACACGAAAUUUUCAUCGAAGAGAUGCGAAAAUGUAAACAUUUGAAGCAAGAAAUGAAGAAAAUCAGACAUGAAUUAGAAGUUCAGCAGCAACAAUUGGAUACUAGAACCAUGGAACAGGAGGAACUUCUGACCGUAAAAGGAAAGGGACUCAGGAUUGUGACUACAAAAUCUACAAAUGCUAAUACUUGUUUCAAAUCUCCAGAGUUCAAUCUGACUGUCCCAGAAAAUCGAUUAAAUGAGUCCUUUGACAAGCAUGACAACCUGCAAAAUAAUCUGGAGAAGUUGCAACACUUGCAGUCACAGAAUGAAUAUCUGAAAGCUCAGCUAGAGUUUUUGAGGAAAGAACUUAACGAGAAAGGGGAAGCAAUGAAUCAACUUAAAAGCCUUAAUCAAACUCUUACAUCGAAUAAGUCUUCAAGGAACGAAGAGCUGAAAGCUGCAAGAACGGAAGCCAUCAAAUGUUUCCUAACUAUGGAAAGCAAUGGAACAAAAAUUGGGAUCAAGAGAGUGGGGAAGAUUGAUCCACAACCUUUCCGAGAUGUAUGUUCUAAGAAAUUUUGCAGCUUAAGCUGGGAGGAAAAAUUCAAUGAAUUAUAUUAUUUAUGGCAAGAAAAUGUUAAUGAUUCUAGCUGGAAUCCCUUCAAGAAAGACAUCAUCAGUGGGGAAUUGAGUGAGGUUGCUGAUGAAAAUGACAAGAAACUCGUAGAGUUAAGAGAAGAAUGGGGUGAAGAAGCAUACAAAGCCGUUGUUAAUGCACUAGUGAAUUUUAGAACAUACAAUCCCAAUAUGAAGUCUUCUAUGCAUGAACUUUGGAACUUUGAAGAGGGAAGAAGGGCUGAUUUGAAAGAAUUAAUUCAGUACAUAAUCCAGUGCUGGGAAGUUCAAAGAAAAAAAGACAAUGAACAGUCUGAAGCAAUUGGUGAGCUGAUGGCAGAGAAAGAGAGACUACUUGGACAAUUGGCAAGUAUCAAUAUUCUAAUGAAAGAGAAGGACAAGCUUCUCAAAGAAAAAUAUGCAGCAGUUGAAAAAUCGAUAGCACAGGACAUGGAGAAGGAUAAACUACUGGACAAAAUGUCUGCGACUAUCAGCAAAUUGAAUGCAGAGAACCAAAUAUUACUUGAAUCUUAUAAUGCAGAAAAGAGUAAGACCCAAUGCAUCGUGGAACCAACUGAAAAGUUUAAGCAUGAGUUGCAAGAUCAAGAGGAGCUGGCAAAGCAAACAGAGGAGCGCAGGGAGACAAAACGUCUCAAUUGUGGGAGUAUUGAAAGCUUAAAAGUCAAGGAGGAAAGUACUGCUUGGUAUCUGGAUUAUUUGGUAGAUAAAGGUGGACCUGCAAAAAAGUUAAAGGACUCCAAAGUUCAUAAUUCCAAAGGGCAAAUUUUCUCAGCAUCAGAAAAUAAAAUGUUGCAAGAUCAAAACAUGGGAGAAUCAUUAAAGCUUCCUAAAGCUGAGCCUGACAUGUUCGAGGAAUCCUUGGAGGGGAGGUGGAAUGUAUUAGGAUUUUUACGAUCAAGCACAGACUCAUAUCUUCUGCCCUCCAAAGAUGCUGUUUCCUCUCCAUCACACUCAAACGCCCUGGAAAGAAAUUUAAGAGCUUACAGUGAUUACAGUACCAGCAGAAAUAUAAUUCUAAAACUAUUGCAGAACUUUGAAACUCAAGCUGUUUAUGAUGUUUUAUUGAGUAAAUGUGUAAAACCUUGCUGCGGCUCAUUUUUUACACAAGGUUUACAAAUGGAAAUCUACACUCAAGAAGAUGAGAUUAAAAAAUUGCGGAAUCUUGUGGUAAAACUUGUCAGAGAGCUAGAUUACAAGAACUUCAAGUUGAUGACAUUGGAAGAAAAUCAGAUGAAAGAGAAAGAAAAGUUGCUUGUAGAGAGGUCUGCAGCAAUUAGUGUAUUGGUGUCUGAGAAUGUAGACAAAGAUCUACUGCUUGAUGAGAAGUCUGCGCGCAUCAUUGCUUUAACAGAAGAGAAAGAACAAAUGCUUUGUGAGUCCACUGAAAAAAUGAACACAUUGAAGGAAGAGACUGAGAGGCUAAUUAAUGAGAAAUCUUCAGUCAUCAACACUCUGAAGGCGCAAAUUACUGACAAAGACCGGCUGCUUGUGGAGAAAGAAUGGCUUCUUGAUGAGAGAUUAACAUGUAUGAACAUAUUAAUCAUGGAAAAAGAACGACUUGAUAACGAGAAAUCUGCAGUGAUCAGAACUAUGAUGACACAGAACGCUGAAAAGGAGACACUCAUUGAGGAGAAAUCUGCAUUCAUUAACAAAUUAAUGGCAGAGAAGGAACAAGGGUUUGAAGCUUAUCUUAAAGAAUUGAAAAAGACUGACAACAUGAAGCUUGAAAAUGAGAAGCUUCGAUGUGAUUUGGAUUCUCAAAAGGAGAAAUUAGAAAGGUUGAUCAAGGAGCAGAAUGAAUUGGUGCAAGAAGCUAAGAACACUACUGAAAUAAACGUUGUUGAAUGCUGUAGUGAGCCUCCUAGGAGUAGACUGAACUUUCAACCGCAGGAGCUUGAGGUUUCGAAGGUCCAAAUCGUGGAAGAGAUGAACUGUUCUACUGUAGGAGAGGCGGAGCUGCAAAUGCAAAAUCUGGAAGAUUUAAGAACUAAGAUUCAUAAUUUAAGAAAAGAAAUGGAGGAAAAAGUGGAGCUUCUGGAGAACUUGGAAAUGGACAAUCAAAUUCUAAUGGUGAAAGAGCUAAGGAGUAACCGUGAGCUACAAGUUGCUCGCAAAGCUGCUAUUGAAGUACUAUUUUUGAUCGAUUUAGAUGUUAAUCGCGGUCUUAUUGAGCUUGUGCUUUUUAUCUAUACGUGUUGUAUGACCUUCCACCUCAAUUUGCAGGGUUUAAUAUCCAUGCAGAGACCUAGGAUGAACAUUGGGAUCAAACGAAUGGGAGAGGUCAAUCUCAAGCCAUUUAGAGAUGCUUGUUCUAAAAGGUUUCACAGUGGAAAUUGGGACGCGAAAUUUGGACACUGGGAAGAAAUGUCUGUGGAGUUGUGUUCGUCGUGGCAAAAGGAUAUAAGUGAUCCUGAGUGGCAACCUUUCAAGCAGGAGACCAUAAAUGGAAAACUAACUGAGGUGAUUGAUGAAAAUGAUGAAAAAUUGGAAGUUUUGAAGGAAGAAUGGGGCGAGGAGGCCUACAAAGCGGUAGAUGAGGCAUUGGUUGAAGUGAAUGAAUACAAUGCAAGUGGGCGUUACCCAGUACCCGAGCUUUGGAACUACAAAGAGAACAGGAAGGCCACUCUAGAAGAGGUAAUUCAGUAUGUUAUCAAUCAAUGGAAGAUUAACAAGAAAAAGAAGAAAAUUGCACUGUGA